CAGAGGCUGCGAGUCAGAGAUUGUAUUCUAUAAUUUCUAUAAUCGAACGCCCGUGUCGUUACUGUUUGUACACGGUAAGCAACUCCACCAUCUCCACCAAUAAAUCUCCCAACUUCCCAUUUUAUUUCCCACAUUUCCAUUUCUUUUCGCCUAACCACCAACUAUUUAUUCUUUUCUCCAAAACCCACCUCUUUGAUUUUCCUGGAUCGUCUUUCUUUUCUCUUGAUUCCAAUUUCCAAAGCAAAAUAUGGCUGCACCUCCACAACCAACAAGAAUAGGCCUUGCAGGUCUGGCUGUCAUGGGCCAGAAUCUGGCACUUAAUAUUGCAGAAAAAGGCUUUCCCAUUUCUGUUUAUAAUCGAACUACCUCCAAAGUUGAUGAGACUGUUGAAAGAGCUAAAAGGGAGGGAGAUCUUCCCUUAUAUGGCUUCCAUGAUCCUGAAGCUUUUGUUCAGUCAAUCCAAAAGCCUAGGGUGAUAAUUAUGCUUGUUAAGGCUGGGGCACCUGUUGAUCAAACUAUAAAGACUCUCUCUGCCUACAUGGAGAAAGGUGACUGUAUCAUUGAUGGUGGGAAUGAGUGGUAUGAGAACACUGAGAGGAGAGAAAAGGCCAUGGCUGAGUUGGGUUUGCUCUAUCUUGGAAUGGGAGUUUCAGGUGGUGAAGAGGGUGCCCGGAAUGGACCCUCUUUGAUGCCUGGAGGUUCCUUUGAGGCAUACAAGUACAUUGAAGAUAUUCUUCUUAAAGUGGCAGCUCAAGUUCCUGAUAGUGGCCCCUGUGUGACUUAUAUUGGGAAAGGUGGGUCUGGUAACUUUGUCAAGAUGGUUCAUAAUGGAAUUGAAUAUGGUGAUAUGCAGUUGAUUGCAGAGGCUUAUGAUGUACUAAAAUCAGUUGGAAAGUUGUCAAAUGAGGAACUCCAAAGUGUUUUCGCAGAAUGGAACAAGGGUGAACUUCUGAGCUUCUUGAUUGAGAUCACUGCAGAUAUAUUUGGAAUUAAAGAUGAUAAGGGAGAAGGAUAUUUGGUUGACAAGGUUUUGGACAAAACUGGAAUGAAGGGUACAGGUAAAUGGACUGUACAGCAAGCUGCUGAUCUCUCAGUUGCAGCUCCCACAAUUGCAUCUUCUUUGGAUGCAAGAUUCCUUAGUGGUUUGAAGGAGGAACGAGUUGAAGCUGCUAAAGUCUUCAAAGCAGGUGGCUUUGGAGAUGUUUUGGCCGAUCAAGUGGUUGACAAGAAGAAGUUGAUUGACGAUGUGAGACAAGCUCUUUAUGCAUCCAAGAUUUGUAGUUAUGCACAAGGGAUGAAUCUGAUCCGUGCCAAGAGUAUUGAGAAAGGAUGGGACUUGAAACUGGGAGAACUGGCUAGGAUUUGGAAGGGAGGCUGCAUUAUCAGAGCUGUGUUUUUAGACAGAAUCAAGAAGGCCUAUGAUAGGAAUGCUGAUCUGGCCAACCUUCUUGUUGAUCCAGAGUUUGCAAAGGAAAUAAUUGAUCGUCAAUCUGCCUGGCGGAGGGUUGUGUGUCUUGCUAUCAACUCUGGCAUUAGUACUCCAGGGAUGUCUUCUAGUCUUGCUUAUUUUGACAGUUACCGAAGGGAGAGGCUGCCAGCUAAUUUGGUCCAAGCUCAAAGAGAUUAUUUUGGUGCUCAUACAUAUGAAAGGAUUGAUGUUGAGGGAUCUUUCCACACUGAGUGGUUCAAGAUUGCAAGACAGUUAAAGAAUUAACACGUGCUCUCAUGGUACCUUAGUAACAUCUCAAUAAGCAUAAUAAUUUCUGUUCUCGACUCUAUGCUGGGUAGAAGUUGCAUCAAUACUAUUUUGGUCAACAUGUCUCAAUCAAGUUCAUUGAGUCCAAUUUGUGUUUAGACUUUUGUCCUACUUUUGUAUGUUGUGGCUGUUUUUCGGCAGCUCUAUUGCUUUCACUUUGUGUUUAGAUUUGUACUAUUGAAAUUAGUCACCUCUUUUUCUAGUUUAAGAAGGCACUUGUAGCUGCUUUGCAGCAUAGUACCAUGAAAAUGUUUGAGCAAGAAAAUUCUCAUUUGGUGGCAUUUUGUUC